UACUAUAUAAGGAGAUGCAUGCUAUUUUUUCUUCUGAACACAUCCCUUCCUUAGUACUAGUCAGUUUUGUCCUAUCAUGGAAACCUUUAAGACUAAUUAUCUCCCACUCCUAUUCCUCCCAAUCUUGGCUUGUUGUAGUAUUUUUUACCCUCUCCUGGUAGAAUCCUGUAAUCCCAUAGAUGAAGAGGCACUGCUCAAGUUCAAGGGCGGAAUCGAGUAUGGUGCACAAUACCAACUAGCCACAUGGAUCCCAAAGACCAACUGUUGCGCAACCUGGUAUGGCGUGGAAUGUGAUGCUGCCAACGGAAGGGUAGUUCGACUCACUCCAUUCCGCCCUGCGAACCCCAUGGAUGUAGACAUCUCUGUCUUUGUAAACGGUACACUCUCCCCUUUCUUAGGCAAUCUUACCUAUCUUCAAGUCCUUGACCUUUUCCAUUUUCAAGAGAAUUACCUUAGCAACCCAGAUGGCCUUAGAGGUCCUAUCCCACCACAACUAGGCAUGUUGUCACAUUUAACCAGCCUUCAUCUAGGCGCUAACAUUCUGAAUGGUUCAAUACCUACUUCAUUUGCAAACCUCCAUAAGCUACAAUUCCUCUAUCUUGGCUACAAUAGGCUAUCUGGCAGCAUACCCAACAUCAUUUUUCGAUCAAUGAAGUCACUCUUGACAUUGAGUUUAGCUGGAAACAAUUUCACUUGCUCAAUACCAUCUUCCUUUAUAAAUCUGAUCUCACUUCAGUAUCUUUAUCUUAACAGUAAUUCACUUUCUGGUGAGAUUCCAGCUAAUUUAGGCAAACUUAAGCACCUCAAAUAUAUUGAUAUGUCAUACAAUCAUAUUAGAGGCAGAAUACCAGUUUCUCUAGGCCAAUUAUCUCAAUUACAAUUUUUAAACCUUGAUCAUAAUAAACUUACUGGACCAAUACCUAAUAGUGUCGGUGAACUCUCCCAAUUACAGUCUAUAGAAAUUCGUGAUAAUAAACUCACUGGACCAUUACCAAAUUCUAUAGGCAAACUCUCCCAAUUACAAGUCUUACACCUCAACAAUAAUAGAAUCACUGGAUCUAUUCCUUCUUCCAUUGGCGGCCUUGUUUCGCUUAUGUUUGUGGAUAUGAGUAAUAAUAGAUUGACAGGAGUUUUACCAGGUUCAAUAGGCAAUCUCACCCAGAUUGUGAGUUUUAUCUUAGAGAACAACAUGAUGACAGGAAAGCUACCUCCAACGUUAGGCGAUCUUACAACAUUAUCCGCGAUGCAAUUCUCAAACAAUCAAUUUGUAGGCCAAAUACCUUCAAGUUUUGGCAAUUUCAAGGACCUCCGUAUAUUAAAUUUGUCUAACAAUCAGCUCGAUGGCACAUUCCCUCCUCAACUUGCCAAGUCGAACAUAUUCAAUCUUGACUUAUCGAGAAAUCAACUUACGGGAAAGUUGCCUUCAACGAUAGGGAACAUGAAGAGUUUACAGUACCUAAACCUAUCCAACAAUAAAUUUUACUCCUCCAUAUCAGUGGAGUUUAAGAAUCUUUCUCAACUAUACGACCUUGAUCUUCACUCGAAUCGUUUCUCUGGCAGCUUGGGAAUAAUCUUCGGUAAAAGUGGAACUUAUAGCUCUUUGGACGUGUCUAACAAUAAGUUCACAAGAGGUAUUGAUGAAAAAAUUGGUCUCAAACCUGCAAUGAGGUACAUUUUUACCUUGAUUUUGUCAAAUAAUCCAAUAGGAGGAUCCAUACCAAAGUCGAUAGGCCAAUUGUUACAAUUGCGAGUUUUGAAGAUGAUAGGUAACCGACUAACUGGAAACUUGCCUCAAGAACUUGGGUACUUGGAGCAAGUUACCACGAUUUUGCUAUCAAAGAAUAGGUUGACGGGAAGUAUCCCAUCAAAGGUGUUGAAUUUGGAAAGCUUGCAAGUGUUUGAUGUCUCUAGGAAUCAACUUACUGGAGUAAUUCCACCACAUAAUCUAAAUAUUCCUGCUUCUUCAUUUUCGCGAAAUCUAGGCCUUUGUGGUGCUCCGCUACCUCCUUGUAAACGUUUGUGAUGCUAGUCGAAAACUUCAAGUAUAUUAGCUUCUAUUUACUUUCUAUUUAAUCAACAAUUGUUAUUUCUUCUGGACCUACUGAAUUAAUUUCAUAUGAAUGUAUGUAAAAUGUCCUUUAGAUUUUUAUUAAAAUAAAAAGGAAUCCAUCAAUCAUCAUGUAAGCAAUCUCUUAAUCUCUUUUUAAAGUUAUCAACCUAUCACAUUGAAUCUUGAGAAUGUGCAUGGUUGUGCAAUUGAUUGUACAAUACAAAUGCAAGGUGGCCCGUGGCUCAUGCUCAUGUCAAGCUGUCAGCGAAUAGUAUACACUCGGCCACUUCAGUUGCCGCAAUACUGGCACUGACACUAUGUCCAUGCA